ACACACACACACACACACACGCACACACCCCUACCCCCUGUGAUGCUAACCGACCCACGGCUGGACUGGACGGCAUGUCUGUCGAGGCGGUAUAAUCUAAAACCAAACCGGGAUAUUAUGCAGCCGUCGGUGUGUUGACUGAGAUGCGACGGUGCGUGAACAAGACACUCGGUCUCCUCGGCGGGGAUGAACUAUGAUCGGCGAUAAACGAGCAGAGCAACACGGAGAGAGAAAUCUGAGUCACUAUAAUCCAGCUGGACGUCGGGGGGGAAGAUGAGGACCAUGAUGGCUUCGAUGAAAACGGCAUUAUUCGUAUUUCUACACUGGGUUCUCCAGUACGCUGUGUGUCGCGACGUAACACUUCCCCCUGGACCCCUCUACCGCGUUGCAGGGUUCCAGCUCUCCCUGCCCUGCACUGUUUCAGGGUAUGAAGGCCCGCGUACACAGGACUUUGAGUGGUACCUGUACAGGGAUGAUGCCGGAGGAAGGCAGAUGGGAGUGGUGUCCACCAGAGACAAGGGUUUCCCAUAUGCCCCCUACCAGGGCCGGGUGAGGAACGGAGAGGUGAGGGUGGAGAGGGACUCGGGGGACAAGAUCAGGCUGGUGAUCCAGAGGCUCCGAGCCGAAGACCAGGGGAAGUACGAGUGCUACACACCGAGCACGGACGCCACCUACCAGGGGAACUACAGCGGCUCAGUGACUGUCAAAGUGAUCCCUGACACACUCCAGAUCAGCUAUACCCGCUCACUCACCGGCCAGCCCGUGCCAGAGGGGGCCGAAAUUACGCUGACAUGCUCAGCUGGGAUCCAAUCGGAGCAGCUCACUCAUCUGUCCAUCAUGUUUGGAAAGCGCAGCGGUGGAGAUGGUUCGGGGAGCCAAACGGGAGGAGAGGUCAGUCCGGUCAGAGAAAUUAUCUCCAUCGACAAUAUGCUGGGGGUCGUCCCCGGUCGUUCCUACAAGAAGCGGUACGACGAUGGAGAGAUCACGCUGGAGAAAAGGAACGGGGAGGGCGGACUGGACGUGUAUGUGAUGAAGAUGAGAGGGGUGCAGCCAGGCGACACCGGCUCGUAUUUCUGCGAGGCCUCGCAGUGGAUUCGGGACAACGAUCGGUCGUGGCAGAAGAUUGCACAAAGGACGAUGGAUAUUGGCAACUUGACUGUUCGGCAACUAGCGGAGUCUCUGAGCGUAACAUCCUCGCCCAGAGGGGAGGUGACCCUGCAGGUCGGUUCUCCUCUCAUCCUGGCCUGCGAGGUACUGGGGCUGCCAUCUGAGGUUAACUCGGGUCUACUGGUUCAGUGGAUGAAGAGGGGAUCUGCAAGCGCUGAUGUAGCUGGAACUGGGGGAGUCGAGGUGGAGGUGGCCCGGAUGAGCCCAGACGGUACUGUGAGUUGGGGGGACGACCUCAGCCGGUCUAGUGGGGGCUCUAUGGAGAAGGUGGCGGACGGGAAGUACUCUCUGAAGCUGUUCUCAGCGCGGCCCUUAGACUCGGGGGUGUAUCGAUGUGUGGUGAGCGUGUAUGCUGGGAGAAGAAACCCUGGCCCCUCUUCUCCUGCAACGCUCACCCAGAGGUCUGAGGGAGUCACGGUCAACCUCAAGACCAAAGAUGUGCUAGUUUCAGCUGUGGCUCAGCUCCCACGAGGCCCCCUAUUAAAAAGAGGCAGCACCAUCACCUUGAUCUGCAACGCCACAGUUACAACCACAGGCCCGGCGCAGGCACAGGUGCAGUGGCUACGGUGGCCAAUCCCGGUCGCGAGGAAGGGACGGAGCUCAGAAUCCGAUGUUACUGUGCCAGACCCCCCUGUCGAUGACACACCCAGACUGGUAGCUGCCCUCAUGUACGACGGUGUUGCGGUGAUCUACGCCAACAGUAGCGAGGUUAGCGUCGACCGCCUGUCUGCCAUCACCUACAGACUGAGGGUCCACACGGCAAUGAUGGAGGACCAGGGCAUGUAUGCGUGUCAUGCUGAGGCGUGGGGACAGGACCCGCAUGGAGGCUGGUACAACACAGGGGCCAGAGCGGAGUCGAACGCAGUCACCGUGUACCUGUACGCCAGAGCUGCUGACCUCCUCCUCAUCCCUUUGGUCGUCGGAGUCUCUUCUGCCUUGUUUGUGGGCAUCUUCAUCAUCGCCACAGUUACCUGUUGUUUCAUGAAGCGGCUGGCGAGGCAACGUGGUCGAAAGUAGGCGUCAGCCACCACUGCCUGUCUGAAAUCUGAAUGUUCAUGAGGAGGCACAGAGAGGUGACGCACAAAACAUGGUGGCCAAGAAAUAACUUCAAGACAAAAUGACUGUCACCCUGUUUGAUGAUUCAGUAUGUUUCGACCUACCUGUUUAACAAUCAAUGCCAAAAGAUUCUGUUUUCUAUUCUCUUGUAUUUUUAUAUCCAGCUCUUCUCUGGAAACAAACAUAUUUUAGUGAUUGCUACAAUGCGCACCGGUAGGCAUAAUAUCACCAUAUAACCCACAUGAUGAUGAUAAUGAUCCCCUUGUCCCAGCUUAUCAUUCUGUUUAAAAACCGGAAAACGAUCGAAAAAACACAGGCAAGAUUUGUUGAGAGAAGGUCAAAAGUAGAGAAGGUACUGCAGGAUUGUUUUGAGUCUGAAUAGAAAGGCAGAGCAAGCUGCCCCCUCAGAAGUCAUCUUUCUAUUGUAACUGAAUGUUUCUCAGAGUAUGUAGGUCACCCUGCACUGAGUAAUACUUCUAUUUUCACACCAACAAAGAAUAUUCUGUAUUUUUCACAAGUUGUUGACAUUGUUCCAGCCGUUCUUUCCUCAAACUGCAUGUUUUUCAUUUAUUGCAAACAUCUACAAGGUCUCAAUGUCUCUGCAUGGUUAAGCCUCUAGCACUGCCACUGACGAUCACAUGAAUGCUGAUGGGAGCACUUCUGCCUCCCAGAAAACUUAAUAUGAGCAGGGCCUUUCCAUCGCCUGCAGUCCGGCACCACUCUGCAUGUAAACAAAGUCUGUCUGUUACUUAAUAAGGAAGGCGCUGGCCGGGGACUUUCUGAUGCCAAGACCAAUUGAGUACCAAUUCUAAACACAGGCAUUCCUCGGCUGCGACGCUUCACGCCGUGGUGACUUUUCUAUACGGACUUGUAUAGAUUGGACAAAGGAGAAAUGGAAGAUAUAUCCAUUAUGCACUGAGCUAAAACAUGUAAAUACUGUAUGGAGUUUAGCUGUUUUAUUUUUCUUAAUGUAAGUAAGACUAUGCUGUAGCGUCAUGUUAGUCUUUGGCAAAGCACCUGUGUUUGAUAUUCUGCAGCAGUCUGUUCUGCUCUUUUGAAGCACUCAGACUUAAAUGGUACUGGGACCAAAGUCCUUUGGUUUCCUUCUUUCACUUGAUUUUCCUCAAACUGAACAGUCUUUUUUUUGAUGUCCUUAAGAGAGUUCUUGUUUUUUUUUGUUUUUUUUAUUGUGCGAUGAAUGGUUUCUUUUGCUCUUGUCAAGGGACUGAGACAGAAAAAAGGUUACUGUGAAAAAGAAUCAACCGUUUGUUGCACAGUGUAACAAACUGUCACAUUGUUUAAGAUACUUGGCCCCGAGGUCAAAAUUCCCCCUAGAGCAACGCAGUCAUAUGACCUGAUGAGUCUCACUAUCGCCGUCAUCAUGGUUAUCAUGUGGUUCAGGCCACACAUUUCUGCUGCCAAGACUUAUUAUGACUCAAGCCCCUGCUGCUAGCCCACAGAAAUCUGUUGGACAGAUUUACUGUGUCUGUGCACUUAUAAUAAAGUGAAAUCCAUCCUCCUCUUCCUGUUGAAAAUAACACUUAAGAAAAGUUUGGUCACCCGAGUGCGAUCAAUUGAAGGCUGGAUACAAGAGAAGAGGAGGAGGAGGGUUAAAUGUGUUGUUACCCAGCCUGCUGCGCUCUCAUGAGAGAUUAUUUCAGGUCAUUAAAUCUGUUUGCGGUGAGCUUUGCUUUACAGUCUCAGUCUGUCUUUGCUGUCGGUCUUUCUCCGUCUCCCGGUUGGUUUUUAGACUCCCUCUAAAUCUGCCCGUCCUCCAUAACCUGUGCUCCCUAAACCCCCGAUUAUAAAUGUUGUUCACGAACAUUAGGGAAUAAAAUCACAGCUCUGCUUGCUUCCUGAGCCACUUUGUUCCAGAUCAACUACUCAAAGCUGAUUUGUUCCCCCACAUAGCCACCCACCAUAUGAUUACACAUACACACACACACACACACGGACAGAUGCACGUGCUCACACAGCAGCAGCAGCAGCAACAGCAGCAUAGUGCUGCCUGGAUGAUGGAAGUGAGUAUCUGCGUGUUCAUCUCUAAUCCCUGUUUAUAGCUGCCCUUCCCCCCUCUCUCACAGCGUGUUACAUAGUCGCUGUGACUCCCACUCGAUUCAUUUCAAUCUCUCUUCCCUGAGAUCUACAGCCAGCUGUCGAAAAGGUGUAGCACAUCGAGUGCAAAGUACGAAGCUGUGCGUUUGUUUGAAGGUGUAUUAAACCCUUUCAUGAAGGUGUUUCGUUUUGUUUGGAUUGUUUACUCAUGCUUUAAUACCACUGUUCCUGAAUGAAAUCUUGCAGCCAUUGGGAAAAAAAAAUAUCCAAAGGCGGGUUAUUGCUCAGUUUGUUUCUUAUGGUGCUUUGGCAAACCUGCCAGUUGAUGAACCAAUAAACCACUCUGGAUUCAUGAUGUCA